CGUAGCUUGAAGGAGGAAGUGAAGCGUUGUUCCAUAAUGGCGGUGUCAGGAGAGAAGCUGCGGCUUGGAAUGUGAAGGAGAGCGGCUCCUUAGUCUCUCUAUCCCUCACAGUUUCCGGAGUAGUCAGCAUUGGCAAAAUGACUGAUCACUACUUCACCCUUGCCAACGUACAUACAAUACAAAGGCCGUGGAAGAGAUGAGGUAAUUUUCCAUCUGUGAAAUAAACUGCAUUUCAAUGGAUACAAAGUACAAGGAGGACCUCUUUAGAAAGUAUGUACAGUUCCACGAAUCGAAAUUGGAAGCUUCCGACAACAAGCAUCGAGCAAUCAGUGAUGAAUAUCUUCGCGCUGCAGCUUCAGCUUUGCUCAGCCUACCUAAAAUUGAUCCCUUUCAUAGAUUCCGGAUGAUCAGGUUCUAUGAGGUUUGUGAAAAUUCCCUGAAAGCCUUGCGAACUUCCAACUUGCGCUCUCUUCACAAUGCAGCUGCUAUGCUGGAGACAAUUGGCAUUAACCUUUUUCUUUAUCCAUGGAAGAAAGAGUACAAAAAUAUCAAGACCUACACAGGACCAUUUGUUUAUUAUGUAAGAGCUGCAUUAAUUGACGAUGACAUAAGACAUAUUUUGAACAAUAUGGGUUAUGUUCAAGAACUUGGAACUGUAUACAGACUGAAAGAUCAUGUGGAUACCACACAAGUUAAGAGAGUUUCCUUUGAGCUUUUUUUAGCUUGUGUUGAAUGUGAGUUGCUGCUGGAAAUUUAUUUGCAAGUAAGGGACAAAGGUUACCUGGAGAUUGAUGUAGUAAAUGAGAGACGAAAUAGCAAUGAAGAUGUGAGAGGAUGUACUGAUGAAAUGAAAAGGCGUAUUGAAAGUAAGGAGACUUUAAAUACAUCUAUGGCAAGGAUGGUUCUACAGAAAUCGGCUAGUGAGAGAGCAUCAUCAAAAGACUACUUCAAACAGAAAGUUACCAAACCAUCAAAAUCAGUUGAUACUUAUGACAACUACUGGGAUAGUAAAAACAAGCCUCCACUUAUGGCUAGCCUAAGAAAAGAACCAAUUCUAGUGAAUGCGGAAGAUGACAUCAAAGACGAAAUAAUACGUCCAUCCCCUUCCUUGCUAACCAUGUCCAGCUCCCCACAUGGUUGCUCUGAUGAAUUCUUAAAUAUUUCAGCCAACCCUAAUGGAGUAUUACGAACAACUACUUCUUACGGUUAUUUCCCCUCUGAAGAUGAUGUUGAUUUGUAUACAGACCAAGAUUCAAGAAUGCUAAAUUUUAAGAGGCAAGAAUUUGCUAAACAUGAUGUUUGGCUAGUAAAAAAUGAAGUGAACCCGAAUUUUCAUAAGCGAUCCCAUUUAGCCAAAGAGACAGCUUACAUGAAGUGCCAAAGUUGUGUAUCCUCUGGUGGACUGGAAUGCCAAAAGUGUGAUAUGUCUCUCUUUAGAUCAGACUGUCCUGCGCUCAAACAGAGCAAUGUAUUGAUCAAAUCUGCUGUUCAAAAUGACAAUUUUUCCUCCAGCUCAGUGUUGCGUGAGAAGUCUGCCUAUGGUACAUCUCAAGAUAGGGCUUCUCAACCAAAUCCCAAAAGCAAGCCUUCUAAUGCACUCCGCUGUGGCUUUUGUAACAGACCAGGAGCCUCUAACACUUGCACAGUCUGUUCCAAAGUGUCAUGUGAUGCCUGUAUUAAUGCUUACUGUCAUGAAUAUUGUUGCCGAAAAAGUGAUUACCAUAAAUUUGCACCUAACAAUCAGUUAAACUACAAAUCAUCCCAACUAUCCCACCUUGUGUAUAGAUAAACUGUUUACUACUUCUAGAAAAAGGGCUAAUGAGUAGAACAUUCAAACUUAAGUAGACAUUUUCUGCUGUCUUUGUGGACAAGAAUAAACUGGACUGUUCAGGGAAGUAUAAUUUGAGAUUUUUUUUUAUUUUUUUUUGUGACAUCAGAAAUACUGUGGAAAAUCUAGUCCUUGCUGCUACAACUUAGUGCAAUAAUCCUUAUGGGUUUGCUACACAGGGAACUUAAAAAUGCAUAUUUUCUUAAAGUAGUUGUGGUAGUAUGUAAGCCUGGCUGGAUUAAUGAAGUGAGCUGUCCUAAAGGAAAUAUGUUUUUUGUUUAAAUAUUAUUCUCCCACCAUUUUUUAUUUUUUAUUUAAUUUAGAUAGCAUAUGAUAUUUAAUGCCAUUUGUGUGUGAGAUGUGUAGGAAUCCAAAAAUAAUAAAUACAAUUAAUCUUCCUUGUUUAUAUCAAAGGGAUAUAGAAGUACUUUUAACACCAUCUAAAACGUGUUUUAAAACGCAUAAAGACAAUACUUGAAAAAUAAAUUGCACAGAAAAAUGCUUUUGACAUGCCACAGCAGGAGGUGACUUUGGUGCUUUGAAACAGAUCUAGAGAGAUUUUUUUCUUUAAUGCCUUUGUGCAUAUUAAAAUGCUGAUACAGUAGUUUAAACAUUGCUAUAUUUAAAUAUAUAUGUCCCUUUUUAAGAUCAUGCUAUCUGGAUUGCAUGUAAAGAAACUGCAUAUUUAGCUAUUACAAUAAAUCUGGAUGUUGUCCUUCCAAGUGUAUAAAA